AUGUUGUUUAGAAGAGUCAUUUUCAGAUUUUCAAAGGAAAAGAUAGAUAAGAUAUUAGAUCAUGAAGAAUAUCUUACAAAACAAAUUGACAAGAUGGCUGCAGACUUUAAUUCUUAGGAUAAAAAAAUAUUCAACAAUUAUAAAGUUUUCUAUACGAAAACAAAUGUAGAUGGUACUUAGAAUUUGCUUAAAAUAAAGGAUUUUCAACUAAAUUGAAUAGAUCUGCAACAAUAUAUAUUUCAAUAUGGGGUAUGGUAGGUGGACUUUCCUAUUUAUACAUUAACCCUUGGAUAACUUUGAUUCCAGUAUUUUUUUCAAUUUAAACAAUAUCAUCUUAUGUGGCUGGAAGGAAAUACUUAGGAAAGUUGGUAAAAUCAAUAACAUUGGAAAAGGAUUAAAAAAAAUGUUCGAUUGAAUUAGGAAAUGGAAAAGUAUUGGAAGUGAAUGUUAUAGAUAAUGAAAUAUUAAAUAUCAGCGAUGUUAUUUAGGUUUCAAAAAAUAAAAUAGAGGAAGAAGUGGUAACAAAUAAAGUAUUAUAAAGAAUGAAAAAUAUAGAUAAUCUAAUUAUGUUAUAUAAUUUGAGACAUAAUAUGAUGGUAAAUUAUAUGAGGAUUUGAGAGUACUUGUAACAAAAGAUAAUGCCGAGAUUCCAAAUAUAAAAUUAUUAUAAGAUAUAAUAACAGGAGAAGAUGUGAGUGGAUACAUUUAUGAAGAAUUAGUAGAAAAUAAGGAAGAUAUAAUAAGAAAGGAGACAGAUGAAGAAUUAGAAAAGAGAUUGAAAGAUGAAUUGAAAAUAUGAAUUUUAAUUGUG